UCUCUCUCUCUCUCUCUCAAAGUCUGACCCCACUGCGAGUUUAGUCCGAGGCUGAAAGGAAAACUGCGAUCUCUGUAGAAUAAUACAUAGAGAGAUGAGUGGGAUCAGUUGUAAUGGCGGUGGUGGUGGUGGUGGGCCUUGUGGUGCUUGCAAGUUCUUAAGGCGAAAGUGCGUAAAGGGUUGCAUCUUUGCACCUUACUUCGAUUCAGAGCAAGGGGCGUCGCACUUCGCGGCGGUGCACAAGGUGUUUGGUGCUAGCAACGUGUCCAAGCUCCUCUUACGUAUCCCCGUCGACAAGCGUCUUGACGCCGUCGUUACAAUCUGUUAUGAAGCCUUGGCUCGUAUCAGAGAUCCCGUUUAUGGCUGUGUCGGCCACAUCUUCGCCCUCCAGCAACAAGUGGUGAAUUUGCAAGCAGAACUGGCAUACAUACAAGCCCAACUCACAAACAUGGAGAUUCCACUUCAACCAUUGUCUCCGACACAGUCUUCUCCCUCAGCAAGCCUUGGAGCCACCUCUGACUUGUUACCUAUUACCAAUGAAUCAAUGUUUUUUGACCCUCUUCAGUUACAGCAGAUAGUCGAGAUGACAGGUUGUUGGAACCAAACUGACCAGCAUACUAAGAACGGUGAUCUUUCAGCAUUAGCGUGGGAAUUUGUGUCCAGAUACAUGCCGGGAGUAAGAUUCCGGCCGUCGGAUUCCUGUUGAAGUUUCUGAUCAACUAUUUGCCAAUUUGGGACCAGAUUUUUUCUAAACCUCUUUUAGCAAAUUGGUGUAACUGGAUCUUAAUCCUUAUGACUAAUCAA